AUGUCAAUAUCCAGGGAAGGCUUUGAGCAUCGGCAAAAUCAUUCAAGUGCUGCUUUCGAGAAUAUUCAUAAGGAUCUUCAGACUGCGUUGCAAAAUCUUUCCAAUGAAUGUCUAAAAACGGAAGAUCUUGAAAGAAAGCUGUGUAUUUCCGAAAAUAUAGUUUCUGCUCAAAAAAAGGAGAUUUUGAUCUUGCAGCAUCAAUUGACUUCUGAUAGUUCUAUUACAAAAUCAGGAAAACGCAAAGGCUUGAAGUAUCUGACCUCUAAAAAUUCCGAUAUUGAACCAGAUAUAGUUAGUGAUGAGGUAAAAAAGCUUUUGAAAAAGGUUGAAUCCUUAGAAAAACAUAAUGAGGAAAUGGUUGGCUGCAUAAAAAAACAGAACAAACUCAUCGAUACCCUAAAGCGGCAGAAAAUUCUACUUGAAUCUGCAACUCUUUUAUCUAUUAAAGAAGAAGAUUUGCAGAAGUUUUUGGAGCUAGAAAAAUGUUGA